GCGAACUUUUUUUUUAUGACAACCGUCAUCAUGCGUCAAAAGGACAUCAGACCCGCACCGGCGCGGAUCGAGUUUAAGGGAAUGAAAUUCCUGAUCACCGAUCGGCCAUCGGAUGCAAAUAUUCUUUCGUACAUCGCUGAGCUGAAAAAACAUAACGUUUCGAUUGUGGUGCGCGUGUGCGAACCAAGCUAUAAGAUCGAAGAGCUCGCGAACCAUGGUAUCAUUGUGCGCGAUCUAGCGUUCGAGGAUGGUACGUUCCCGCCGAACGACAUCGUAUUCGAGUGGUUCGAGAUAUUGAAACAAAAGUUCCAGGAGGAUCCGGAAGCGUGUGUGGCGGUACACUGUGUGGCGGGUCUGGGCCGUGCGCCGGUCCUUGUGGCACUAGCUUUGAUUGAACUAGGACUUAAGUAUGAGGCAGCUGUAGAAUUGAUUAGAGAUAAACGAAGAGGUGCUAUUAAUGCCAAACAACUAUCAUACCUAGAAAAGUAUAGGCCCAAGUCACGGUUAAAGCACAAAAAUGGCCACAAGAACUCGUGCUGCGUGCAAUAAAACUAUCAAAAUUCCCACCA